AUGGCGCGCCUUGGUGCACGAGAGCUAGACACCGGCUUGAGGGGCUGCUCGUCCGGUGCUUCUUUGCACAUAAUUGCCUACUUCUCUGCGACACAGCUCCGCUUGCCGGUCGAUAAGCGUAUUUGCAAGAUCGCACAGGCGAAAAUUGUGUUUUGUCCACACACCGCGAUGGACCUAGCCGAGCUUCGAGCCGUGCGACACCUUGCGUUGGUGACACCGCAUAGCAAUUCGUGGGAGCCCGAGCAUUGCACAUGCACAAGCGUCAACGGGGGUCCACUGGCAAGUCGACCAUAUUUCACUAUCCACGAGGGAGAAGGAGACAUUUGCGUAUAUCACAACAUACCUGUUCUCCAAGCACCGAGUGACGCUCCGCCUUUCCGCGAUAAUGUGCGUCAUGGCCUCGGCCAAGACCGCAGCAUCCGCAUGUGUCCUCACGUGGCUGUUACAGACAACGAAGUACUGGACUCCUUUGAGCAAUCCGAUUUCUGGGACUACGAUUCGGCGAUACAUCCCGAGGUGGGAGGGGACAAGUGUGCCGUUUGUGAGACUAAGUGGUCGUUCAGUCCUGAGUCCUCUGCCGCCGCUCACAUGCACGGAAGGAACGUUGGCGUGCGCCCGAUCUUCCCCACGCUAUUAAUCAUCAAGCGUCUGGGCACUUUGCAGUUUGGAGACAAGUCUCAGCGGCUGCAGUACGCCCACCAUCUCUCACCCGACGACAUUGGCGGUCCUCUGUUCCGAAGUCGCCCAAGCAUUGAGGCCAAGCUACGGACGGCACGUGUGGCUGCGGAAGUACUCUUAACAGCGGGUCGUGGGAUUAUCGCGGCAGAGGAUUCAGCGGUAGUCGUCAAAGGCGCCGGCACUACAUCUGACUCCACCGCUUGUCGGCUAUGGUGA